AUGCUCAAUGAGCACUACGGAUGCAAAGCGAUCUGUAACAAAUCUACAUCGGUUAAAUGCGAGAUGGGCGGAUUCCCUCAUCCACGAGACUGCCAAAGAUGCAUAUGUCCUGGUGGCUAUGGUGGACCUCGAUGCAAUAAGAAACCAGUAACAAAGUGCAGCCAUAAAAUUUAUGCUUCCCCUAACUGGACGAGACUCGAGGAUACUAUUGGCCUUGGCCGUGGUGAGCAGGAAGAUUUCGAGAUAUGUCACUACCGGAUUAAGUCUCCCAAGGGAACCGAAAUCGAAGUAAAAUUAGUGAACUUCACGAAAGGUCUAUCUAUUGACGGAUGCCCUUAUGCAGGUGUAGAGAUCAAAACAAACAAGGACCAAACGCUCACUGGUUACAGAUUCUGCUCACCUGACGCGGCUGGAACAAUUCUUCGUUCUUACAUAAACCGUGUCCCAAUAAUGACGUAUAACAGGAUUGUCAAAACGACGACAGUGCUUGAAUACCGACACGUUCCUGCAAAUUCACCAAGAGCUACGACUACUACCUCUACUACCACCACCACUACGACAACGACAAAACGACCUGUUGUUCCAUUCAUAAAUACAGGAACUGGCUCUAAAUGCGAGGACAACCACUCCUGCAUGUCUCUUGUACCAAGUGGUUUCUGCAAAGGUCCACUAUCGGAGGCUACCAAGAAGAAAGUGUGUCCGAAGUCUUGUGGCUUCUGUGAUACUUUGCAAUAA